AUGGCAUCGAAAGGUUUUUCGAUAAUAUUUGUCAUGUUUUUGUUUGUUACAGUUGUCGCUACUCUCCCACCUCCACCACCAGACCCUUUCGUUUCUGCGCCGCAUCAAUAUUUAUUUCCGGUCACAAACAACCCUAGCCGGGACCUCAAGAAAUCUCCUCCAAAGUCGGUGAUUGCUUUCUCGAUAGCGUCUGGAGUAGUACUUUUCGUCAUAUCUGUGGGAGUGCUUGUUUAUGUUUGUUUAAGAUCAUCAUCAUCACCACCACAUGUUACUGCUACUGGGACAGUGGUUGGAGUUCCAGUGCCACUGCAACAACUCCGAUCAAUGGUGCAAUCAAACCCUGCUUGA